AUGUAAACGUAUUCCAAAAAUCAAAACUUUUUGAAGGUUUUGCAGAUAUUUGAUACAAUAAUAAACUCAUCGUAGUUUCAAUGCAUUCUGGUUUUGAUUAUAUAAUAAAUUCUAAUAAUUAUGUAUAGUUUUGAGGGAGAUUAUAGGCGUAAGCCUCAACAAAAUUUAGCUGGUGCUAGUCGGAGAGAUGAAAGAAAUGCUCUCCUUCAACAUGCACAUUUAGAGCGAUUAAAACGUGAACAACAGCGUAACAAACAUAAUGCUACUGUUAAAAUUCAGGCCCAUGUACGUAGUUUUAUUGUAAGGCAAUCAAUUAGAAGACAAGAAAGAUAUGAAUUUGAUAAAAUGCAACAAACAAUUGGUGUAAAUCAAAUAAAUAUAUUUGAAUUAAUACCUUUUAUAAAGAAAUUGUUCUUUUUUUAUUCAUACCAAUAUGAUGGAAAUAGAUUUAUUUGGUUACUUCAACAUGUUCUUAAACUUCAAGAAGAAAUUAAAUUAAAGUUUGUUUCAAAUUCAGAAUGGUUAUGGCGAAUCAGGUGGAUACUUAAAAUGUCUAUGGAAUAUAGUCUUGAAACUGUAUUAACAAAUAUAGUUCAAUCGAUAGCUAUACCUUUGAGAAUUUUGGAAGUUUUUACCACACAAGAAGAUAAUAAAAUAAUCAUUGGAAACAACUUUAAUCUACAUUUAAAAAAAAUAUUUGCUUAUUUAGUAAAAAAUAAAUAUUUUGAACAAGUUAAACAAUUAAUUGAAGCAAAAAUUCCACCUAAUUUAGAUUUAUUAACAACUCCACCAACUGCAAUGACUAAAUGGUUUUUUGAAAUGAUACAGCGACCUUUAAGUGUUGUCAAUCAUAUAGACAAUGCUAAUGAAUUCUGUUUUUUGAUUUUACACGAAUUCUGCAGAAGUAUUCUGUCUCAAAAAUUGACAAAUUCAAUAUCAAAUUUUAUUAUUCCUGCUCUCUUGGAAUUUAAAGAAUUUCCAUAUGAUAAAUUUAUUAAUUGUAUCAAUCGUUAUAACCCUCAACCUACUAUCAGCUUAUUAUAUUCUGUUCUUCUACUAGAACCUCCAGGAUAUUGCAAAUCAAAAGGUAGUCUUAUUAAUUAUCUACAAGUGCUGGCAUCUCUUAGUUCCACCAUAAAUUCUCCAAUUGGCCAAGAUAAUCUGAAUAGCAAUGGCUCUGACAGUGACAGUGAUUCAGGACCAAUGGGUAGUGGUGAAGCAGAUAUAGUACAUCGUUGUAUUGAAAUGCUAAAUGAAGAAUACCGUGUGCAAAGUAUUCUUAUCGCUGUAGAUCAGAGCGAUGAUCUCAUAGUCAUGCAGCCCAUUUGUCAAUUGUGCCACAAUCUCCUGAUAACAAACAAAAACGCCAUACAUAAAUACAAACUCCUAUAUAUGCUUGCUUUUAAACCAACCUUUCUCAGGCAACUAUGGAGUAAUCUACUGACGGUUAGUCAGACGUCACUUUUCGGUGGUUCUACGCCUUAUCUACAUAUUAUCUCGAGAGGAAUUGCCCUUUCGGCAGAGGACACCACAAGGAUCGUUCCGCUUCUAGCGGUAUUUUGCUCACUCUUCAGUCUGCUGAUAGCUACAUUACAUGAUACAGAAUUUUUCAUCGAGCCUUCAGGCAUGGAACUUACCAUGACGAACAGUAUAGAUAGAGGGCAGCAAACCAUGCCUUUUACAACGUACGACUUAGCUGUACUCAGCUCACAUUUGAAAGGAGUUUGUCUUGGAUUAGUUGAAUUGGCCUUUCCAGAUACUAGACCAUCAGUCAGAGAUGACUAUAAGAAUGCGGUUUUGGGACCUUCAACUUCAAUGUCUUCAACUCCACAAAAUACACAAAUGUGGGCACACCUUUUUAAGGUAACCGUGGGCCUGCUGCGGCAACUACAUACACGUGACCUCAGACGUCAGUUUUGCCCGGAUGCCCACUGGAUAGCUUCAAAUAUCGUUAUUCCAAUGAACAAGCCUCAGGACUUCAGUCUUCGUCGACGUCGACUACGCAAUUACAUUCCAUUUCAGGGCCUACGCGUAUUUACCCGAGAAGAAAUUGAAGAUGGGCCACCUCUCUCUACAACUGAAUUGCGAACUUUGACAUUACUUAGGGAAAUUCCCUUCGUUGUGCCAUUUAACGAUCGUGUAAUCGUUUUUCAAUCAUUGAUUAAUCGAGACAAAUGUGAACAGCAAGGCGAGUUGACGCACUUCAUGCAAGGCCCUUCUAUUCACAUCUCUGUUAGGAGAAACUAUUUAUAUGAGGAUGCUUUUGAUAAAUUAUCGCCAGAAAAUGAACCCGAGAUGCGACUCAAGAUGCGAGUACAACUGGUAAAUGCAGUUGGGUUAGAAGAAGCAGGAGUAGAUGGAGGUGGACUCUUUAGAGAGUUUCUAUCCGAAUUGUUGAAGACCAGCUUUGAUCCAAAUAGAGGCUUCUUCAAACUUACUAAAGAUAAUAUGCUCUAUCCAAAUCCCACUGUUCAUCUACUCGUGGAUAACUUUCCAAAGCACUACUUUUUUAUAGGUAGAAUACUCGGUAAAGCUUUGUACGAAAAUCUUCUUGCUGAAUUACCGUUUGCUGAAUUUUUCCUGUCAAAAAUCGUUGGCACACAAUCCGACGUAGACGUUCAUCACUUGGCUUCCUUAGAUCCUAUUAUGUAUCGGAAUCUACUCUAUCUAAAAAGUUACAAAGGAGACGUAACGGAUCUCGGCUUAGACUUCACAAUUUUAUCCGAUGAAUUAGGCGAGAGGCGCGUUGAUGAACUUAAACAAGGCGGCGCUAAUAUAACUGUUACUAAUCACAAUCGAAUAGAAUAUAUACAUCUAAUGGCUGAUUAUAAACUUAAUAAGCAAAUUAGAGCUCAGUGUCACGCGUUUAAACAAGGUAUAGGCAAUGUUGUAUCUCUGGAUUGGCUGCAAAUGUUCAAUAACAAGGAAUUACAAGUACUAAUUUCGGGGGCACAAAUACCUGUAGAUGUAGGAGAUCUAAAGCAACACACAAAUUAUACAGGUGGAUAUGCUCCAGACCAUCCAACAAUCAUUACAUUUUGGAAAGUCAUUAAUGAAUUUAAUGAUCAACAAAAGAGUCAAUUGUUAAAAUUUGUAACAAGCUGCAGUAGACCUCCUCUUCUUGGAUUUAAGGAACUUGAUCCUCCAUUUUGUAUUCAGCUUGCUGGCAGUGUGGAUCGAUUACCAACUUCUAGUACAUGUAUGAAUCUACUAAAGCUCCCACAAUUUCCAGAUGAACAGACAUUGAAGGAAAAAUUAUUAUAUGCAAUUCAAUCUGGUGCUGGUUUUGAACUUAGCUAAAAAACUAUUACCCAUUUGAAUUACA